AUGGCUGGGCCUAAUACUUUUCAGAGUGGGGCUUGGACGUCCAGAUUCACUCAUCAUCAUAUUGUUGUGUUCCUGCUCACUUUUUUCAGUUAUUCACUUCUUCAUGCUUCAAGAAAAACCUUUAGCAAUGUGAAAGUUAGCAUUUCUAGCCAGUGGACUCCAACAUACUUAAACAAAACUGCUGUGAAACUGGAACCUGUAGAGCUUUGGAACAGCAGUCAUUUAUUUCCAAAUGCUGAGGAGGCUACCCUUUUCCUUGGGACACUGGACACCAUUUUUCUCUUCUCAUAUGCUGUGGGUCUUUUCAUCAGUGGUAUAAUUGGGGAUCGAUUUAAUAUGCGAUGGGUUCUUUCCUUUGGCAUGUGCUCCUCUGCAGUAGUGGUAUUUUGCUUUGGCACUCUCACAGAAUGGCUUCAUUUCUAUAACAAGUGGUUCUACUGUUCCCUCUGGAUACUGAAUGGCCUCCUGCAGUCCACUGGUUGGCCCUGUGUUGUUGCAGUUAUGGGCAAUUGGUUUGGAAAAGCUGGACGUGGAGUUAUUUUUGGGCUCUGGAGUGCUUGUGCUUCAGUGGGCAAUAUUUUGGGAGCAUGCCUAGCAUCUUCAGUUUUGCAAUAUGGGUAUGAGUAUGCUUUCUUGUUAACAGCAUCAGUACAGUUUGCUGGUGGAAUCAUUAUCUUCUUUGGACUUUUGAUAUCUCCAGAAGAAAUUGGUCUUCCAGAGAUUGAGAAAGAAGAAAGUUCUGAAGAUGACCCUUGUAGACCAUUAAUUAAUAAUGAAAGUGAAGAUCAUGAGCCCAAUUACUCAAUCCAAGAAGUCACUACAAUCCAUCAGCCAAAGGCAAUCAGCUUUUACCAGGCUUGUUGCCUUCCUGGAGUUAUUCUGUAUUCUUUGGCCUAUGCCUGCUUGAAGUUAGUGAAUUAUUCCUUCUUCUUCUGGCUGCCUUUUUAUCUGAGCAACAACUUUAGAUGGAAAGAGGCUGAAGCUGACAAGCUCUCUAUUUGGUAUGAUGUUGGAGGAAUUAUAGGUGGUACUUUACAAGGCUUCAUCUCUGACAUGCUACAGAAGAGAGCACCAGUUUUAGCUGGGAGUCUGCUUCUGGCAAUUGGGUCCCUGGUUGGUUAUAGCCGUUCUCCAAACAAUAAGGCUAUUAAUGCAUUUCUAAUGGCUGUAACAGGGUUUUUCAUUGGAGGACCCUCUAAUAUGAUUAGUGCUGCUAUUUCUGCGGAUUUGGGUCACCAGGAACUGGUACAGGGAAGCAGUGAAGCUUUGGCCACGGUUACAGGAAUUGUUGAUGGAACUGGGAGUAUUGGAGCAGCAAUGGGCCAGUUUUUAGUGUCUUUGAUUCAGGAUAACCUAGGAUGGAUGUGGGUUUUUUAUUUCUUCAUUUUAAUGACAAGUUGUACAAUCCUGUUCAUCUCACCAUUAAUAGUGAAGGAAAUAAGAUCCCUUGUGCUAAGAAGAUAAGACACCUUGAGUGGAUUACCGUUGCCCCUGGGAAAGAGGCUGUUGUAGAUAAAACAGAAAGAUGUGACCUGGACAGUUACCUCAUUUUAAUUUCUUUUAAUUCACCAUAUUUGGAUGAAGUUAGGUGAUGGAUGGGAUAGACUGCUGGACUUGGAAUCAAGAAGACCUAAAUUCUAUUCCUGCCUCAGACGC